AUGUCCCUCGUGAUCGUUGGCGGGGGCAUAAUCGGCCUGGCCAUCGCAUAUUUCGUGACGUCGUCCGACCCGAGCAGAAAAGUCAUCAUCCUCGACUCGGAGCAGAGCCUGUUCCUGUCAGCGUCUGGGUUUUCGGGCGGGUUCAUCGUGCGCGACUGGUUCGGCGCGGCCGUCCUGCCUCUCGCCGAGCUGUCGUUCCGUCUGCAUCGGGACCUGGCCGAUGCCCACGACGGACGACGUCAAUGGGGAUACACGCCCAGCAUCGGAUACAGUCUGGUCACGCAGGAUCAGGGAUCUGGACAGCAAGUGCGAGGCGAAGAUUGGCUGCUGACUGGCACGAGUCGGGCCGAAGUGGCGCGGAAAUACGCCGGUGCUUCGUUGUCCCCGACGAAUUCAGGCCCAGACCUAGAGUCUACAGGGUCAGAGUCGGACUCGAACAACGCCUGCCGUGAUCGCGAUGCCAACCUUCGACCGGACGGCUCUCCGCUGUGGGCCAACAUACCAGCGGGAGGCGUGUUAGAGAAGAUCUCGAGUCCGGCUGGGUGCGCGCAGGUCGAGCCACGCGAGCUGUGUGAGUGGCUCUUGCAACGCUGCCGGGACCGUGGCGUCCAGCUGUCUCUUUCAACGAAACCUGUCGGCUUCGUGCGCAACGCCGCGGGGAAGGUGGUUGGUGUUCAAGUCCAGAGACGCGCUGCAAAUGAAUCUGAUAUUGCUGGCGCCGGCGUGGGUGUGGACGUGGGCGUGCAGACGCAGACGCAGACGCAAAUGCAAAACGCUCGCAUUCUGUGCAAAGACGUCGUCAUCGCGGCCGGCUGCUGGACGCCGCGCGUCUUCGAAACAUUGACCGGAAAAAAGAUGCAGAUCGGCAUCCGACCGCUGCCCGGUUACAGUAUCACCGUCCGCUCGCCACGGUAUCGUCGUCCAAUCCUCGAACAUGACGAGACCGGCACCGGCCGGAAGGUCGAGACCAGCCACUCCAUCUUCUGUCCUCCGGGCCGCGAUUGGGACUAUUCCCCCGAAGCCAUGGCGAGGCAAACCAAGGAUGGAAUCCCCGAGGUGUACGUGGCGGGCCUCAACAAUGAGAGCCAUCGUCUGCCGGAACUGGCCGGCCAGUCGAAGCGUCUCAUGGAGAAACCCCUGAUGGACCAUCUCAAAAGGACCGCCGUCAAUUUGGCAGGCAAGAUCCAAGGCCAGGGUCAGUCACCACCCAUCGAUGAUCUCCACGUGGUCAGAGAAGCUCUCUGCUUCAGGCCCGUUUCCGACAGCGGCAAACCCAUCAUAUCUCGUGUGGACAACAUCGCCACCGCCGCCGGCGGCGGCCUGUAUGUGGCCAGUGGCCAUGGUCCUUGGGGUAUCACUUUGUCUCUGGCCACGGGUUUCGUCCUGGCAGAGGUGCUGCAGGGUAAGACCCCGACCGUCGCUUUGGAUGAAUUUACUCUGCGGCCACAAAGAUCAGAGUACCUGCAGUCGAUGCUGUGA